UGUGCAUUGAGAUUUCAGCCACGUGAAGGCAACGACUCUAAGCACGUGGCUGACAAGCUUGACUUAUUGGUGCGAUUCUGGCUGCCAACUGGUUCCAUUAUAAGCAUCAAACCACAAGAGAAUGGGCAACAAGAAGCCAUUUCCUGUUUCCUGAGAGCCAUUCUGGCUUUCUCUUCCGUCAGACUUGAAAGCGCAAAUUAAGGGCAGAGUCAGAGCAAAGCCGAAAUGCAUCGUCCCAUUUUUGGGCAUUCUUUCGUCGUGCUCGUGGCACCGGUCCUUCUUGCCGUGCUCGCAUUCAAUUUUCUCAAUAAGAAGAAAACUAGUACGCGAAGAAAUGAAGAAGAUGUUGAUGCUGGCGCAUCCAGUUCGAUGACUGUGCCGACAGAAAUUAAUUCCGGUGGAUCUAGUUCGUCUCCGACAGAAACUGAUAAUGAUGCAUCUAGUUCGUUGACAGCGUUGACCGGAAGCUGCUACGAGGUGUUUUUAAGUUUCAGAGGCCCAGAUACUCGAUAUAGCUUCACUGAUCACCUCUACAAUGGGCUCCACGAUGCCGGAAUUCAUGCUUUCAGAGACGAUGACGAGCUCAGCCAAGGCGAAAACAUUAGGCCAAAGCUUAUGGCAGCCAUCACGACCAGUAAGAUCCUGAUCCCCAUUCUCUCUGUGACUUAUGGUACAAGCAAUUGGUGCCUGGAUGAACUGGUUCAAAUAAUGAAGCGCAAGAAUAAUAACGGGCAGAUGGUGUUGCCUAUAUUCUACAAAGUGAAACCAGCUGAUGUGGGACAUCAAAUCGGGAGUUUUGGAAAGGCAUUUCAUGAGCGUAAGAGGCGUUUGCUUAAGAGGUCUUCUUUCGACCUAACGAUUUUGGAGAAAUGGAAGCAAGCACUCCUUGAAGUCAGCAACUUGAAAGGCUACGAAGCCAAUGGGUAUGAAGGAGACUUGGUGAAAUCGAUUGUCCGAAAAGUGUUGAGGGAACUGAAGAAGAAGUUUGAGUUGGUUAUUUCUGAGAAUUUGGUCGGAAUUGAUAGUCAUGUGAAGGAGAUUACGGAAUUUGUGGAUAAUAAAUCUCAUGCCACCCUAUUUGUUGGCAUCCAUGGAAUGGGAGGCAUUGGUAAGACUACUCUUGCUAAAACCAUCUACAAUAAGCUCUCCAAUCAAUUUGAGCAUCGUAGCUUCAUUGCUGAUGUAAGGGAAUCAUGGAAGCAUAAUGAUGCACAUUACCUACAGAAUAAGUUAAUCUAUGAUAUUUUGAAGCAAAAAGAUGCAGUUGAUAAUGAGGAUGAAGGGACUUGGUUCAUCUCCUCCAAGUUUAAAGAUAAAAAGGUCCUCAUUCUUCUUGAUGAUGUGGAUAAUGUCCUUCAGUUGAAAUGUUUGGCUGGUAAUCGUGAUUGGUUUUCUUCAGGAAGUAAGAUCAUUGUUACCACCAGAAACGAGAGGAUUCUUAAAGAAGUUGGGGUGGACUACGCCCAUGACCAUAAGGAAUUGGAUAACAAUCAAUCUUUGAUUCUGUUUAGCAAACAUGCGUUCCGAAGGGAGUCUCCUCCGAGGGACUUUGAGGUCCUCACUCAUGAAGUUGUAUCCAUCUCCGGAGGGCUUCCCUUAUCACUUGAGGUUUUAGGUUCAUUAUUGUGCGGAGAAAAGCAAGCAUUCUGGAGAGGUAAACUAGACAAGUUAAAAAAAGCGCCACCUGAGAAAGUGCUAGAAAAGUUAAUGAUAAGUUAUCAAGCAUUAGAAGAUAAUCAACAACAAAUAUUUUUGGAUAUCGCUUGCUUUUUCAUUGGCACUGACAAGAGAAUCGCAUCCUACAUGUGGGAAGCUUGCAGCUUUUACCCUGAGGAGGGAAUUGAAGUAUUGAGAUUCAUGUCAUUAAUAAAAAUUGGAGAUGAUCAUGAUCUCCGAAUGCAUGAUCAAUUGAGAGAUCUUGGUAGGGAAAUAGUUCGCAAAGAAAACCGACGGGAGCCUCAUAACCGUAGCAGGUUAUGGGAGUAUGAGGAAGUCCAGAAAGUGCUAAAGGAAAAUAAGGGAACGGACAAGAUUGAGGCGAUUGAUCUGAGCGAAGGCAACUCAGAAGGCUUCGGCAAAAUAGCCGAGCGAGAUGGUGACAUUUACACAGCAAAGCAAUUCAAAAAAUUGAUGAGUCUAAGAUUCCUUCACAUGAAAGGGGCACAUCUCAGUGGAGAUUUUAAGGACUUAAUUGAGGAGUUAAGAUGGCUUCGAUGGCCAGAUUGUCCCGUGAAUUUUGAAGUAAAAAAUUUUCCCGUAAAAGAAUUAGCCGUACUCGAAUUGCAAAAAAGCAAGAUAAAUGAGAAAUGGGAGGGAUGGAGUUCUUUCAUGAUGGCAAAGAAGCUCAAAUAUCUCGACCUGAGGUCUUGUGAUUGCUUGGAAAAUACGAUCUUCCUCUCAGCUUUUAAACAUUUGGAGGUUCUCAUCCUCAAUCAUUGUCGGAGACUGAAGUGGAUCGAUCCUUCAAUUGGAGACAUGAAGGCCCUCCUUCGCUUGGACUUGGUUGGGUGUAGGAGCCUCAUGGAGCUUCCAGCAGAAUUAGGGUCUCUGCAGAAUCUAGAGAUUCUAGAUAUUUCUCUCACCCCUAUAGAAGAAUUACCCAAGGGUAUUGGGAGGCUGAGAAAGCUCCGAGAGUUACGUGCUGCAAAUUGCUACAAUCUGAAAGGGGAAAUGCCGGAAAGCAUGUUCAAUCUUUCUUCCCUACAACGCCUUGAUUUUAUUUUCAGCGAACAGCUCCAAUCGUUGCCGGACGACCUUCCUUCCAGCUUAACAAAUUUGACCAUCACCUGUGGAAGCCACAAAUUGCCCUCACUUUCCCACCUAACCCAUCUCAAGAAACUACAAGUUUGGGGCUGCGAAGUUCUUGAGUGCAUCCAGGUGCUUCCGUCAACACUAGUAGAGAAUUCAGAAUGCUCCCAACCGACAGACAUUGAAGAAUCAAAAUUACCACAAUCCCUAAACACUCCCUUCAAGUUGGAAGUCUUGGACGUUAGGAGCUGUCGAUCUAUUAAAAUAGUGAACGUUUCACAGUUUAUCCAUCUAAGGACAUUAUACGUCGUUGAUUGCGAGAAUCUAGUUGAAGUUCGAGGUCUUGAACUUGACAAAUUGAUAUAUUUGGAACGCUUGACUGUCUCAAGUUGCAAUUCAAUUGAGAGGCUGCUACUUCCAAAAUCCAAGAACCUAAAGAAAUUAGAUGCUAGAUGGUGCAAGAAAUUAGCCGAAAUUCAAGGCCUCGAUAGGUUGGAGUUUUUGGAAAGCCUGUAUAUCCUGGGGUGCAAUUCAAUUGAGAGGCUGCUCCUUCCAAAAUCCAAGAGCCUGAAGAAAUUAGAUGUUAGAUAUUGCGGGAAAUUAGCCGAAAUUCAAGGCCUCGAUAGGUUGGAGUUUUUGGAAAGCCUGGAUAUCUCUUGGUGCGAUUCCAUUGAGAGGCUGCUCCUUCCAAAAUCCAAGAGCUUGAAGAAAUUAGAUGCUCGAGAGUGUGAGAAAUUAGCCGAAAUUCAAGGCCUCGAUAGGUUGGAGUUUUUGGAAAGCCUGUAUAUCUCUGAGUGCGCCUCCAUUGAAAAGCUAGACCUUCCAAAAUCCGGGAGGCUGAAGGAAUUAGAUACUGGAAUGUGCAAGAAAUUAGCCGAAAUUCAAGGCCUCGAUACGUUAGAGUUUUUGGAAAGCCUGGAUAUCUCUAAGUGCGCCUCCAUUGAAAGGCUAGACCUUCCAAAAUCCGGGAGGCUGAAGAUAUUAAAUGCGGUUGACUGCAUAAACUUAGCCGAAAUUCAAGGCCUCGAUAGGUUGGAGUUUUUGGAAAGCCUGUAUAUCUCUAAAAUCAAGUCACUCAAAACAAUUCCAGAGUUACCUGGAACGCGGAUUUAUCAAAAUUACGAGAACAAGCAGCCUACAUUUUCUAGCAAAGAUGGAUCAGAGUAUACAGACGACUCGGAUGAGGAAUAUAGUGGCAAUGAUCCACAUUUUCUAGCGAAGGUAUAUAAAGCAGGUGAAGAUGGCGGAGUGAAAUCUGGAGAAGGAUUUGCUGACGUUGGUUACGAAGGACUUGAAGGUGGUGCUUCAUCGUUUCAAUUGGCAGAGGCUGUGGACAGUCUCUCUUGGUGACUGAUAUAUAUGGAAACUACCUUUCUACUGAAGAAGCUAAUGGAUCUAAAGUGAUCAAAUAAAGGAGCUUUGCAAGUUAUGUUAGAUUUAAAGUUUGUAUAUGAUAUUCUUUCUGGAGGUGAUUCCACUAUGGAUGAGGAAUUGUCUAGAAGUUCAAAGCCUAAGUAUUCGUUUAGGCAAAA